ACCCAUGAAGCACUCUCAAAUUGUCAAACUGUGGGACAGUGAGGCAGAGGGGAUAUUUCCGUAGUUCUUUGAGAGAGAGAGAGAGAGAGAGAGAGAGAGAGAGAGAGAUGGAGAGGGAGAAAGAAAUGAAGCAAUCAAAGUUUAAGAGGAUUUGUGUGUUCUGUGGGAGUAGCCCUGGAAAGAAAAGCAGUUAUAGGGAUGCUGCUAUUGAGCUUGGAACAGAGUUGGUUUCAAGGAAUAUUGACCUGGUUUAUGGAGGAGGGAGUAUUGGUUUGAUGGGUUUGAUUUCUCAAGCUGUCUACAAUGGUGGUCGCCAUGUAAUUGGAGUUAUACCCAAGACACUCAUGCCUAGAGAGAUAACUGGAGAAACAGUGGGAGAAGUGAAAGCAGUAGCAGACAUGCACCAAAGGAAGGCUGAGAUGGCUAGGCAGUCUGAUGCCUUCAUUGCCUUACCUGGCGGUUAUGGGACUCUUGAAGAGCUUCUUGAAGUGAUAACUUGGGCCCAACUUGGCAUCCAUGAUAAACCGGUGGGAUUGUUGAAUGUGGAUGGAUACUACAACUCCUUGUUGUCAUUCAUCGACAAAGCUGUAGAGGAAGGCUUCGUUAGUCCAAGUGCUCGCCAUAUUAUUGUAUCUGCACCGACAGCAAUGGAGCUAGUGAAGAAAUUGGAGGAAUAUUUUCCGCGCCAUGAAGGAGUUGCUUCAAAGCUAAACUGGGAGAUUGAACAGUUAGGUUACACGCCAAAAUGCGAAAUCUCAAUGUGAAUGAAUGGUGCAUGGAGUAGAAGAAAGUGACGGCUUGAUGAAAGGGACUAAUUUUAGAUGACCACAAAAUUUCCUUAAGUGGCCAUUCCUUUCCCCCCCCCCCUAGUGUAAGCUAAAAGAAUUAACCUCAAAAUAUGUAGCUUGACUAUUAUCUUCCAUGAUAAUUGGGUAUUCUGAUGCUCCAUUUGGUUGCCAAAAGCCGGGAAGUAGAGAAGAAAAUUUAGUUUUACAACAA